ACCGUGCGCGUGCACGUGUACGAUCUAAACGCGAAUUACAACGACCUCGCGUAUCCAAUCGGACUCGGGAUCCAUCACUCGGCGGUGGAAAUCUACGACCGGGAGUACGCGUUCGGGUACCACGACGACGCGAACGUCACCGGCGUGUUCGACAUCGCGCCCAAGAGCGCGCCGCACCCGGCGAAGUAUCGGGAGACGAUCGAGAUCGGGACGAGCCUGCUGACGGAGGAUCAGUUCGCGGACGCGUUGGAGGCGCUGCGGCGCGACUUUCCGGGACCGAGCUACGAUUUGUUGAAACGGAAUUGCAAUACGUUUACGGAAACGAUGGUCAAAGUUUUGACGGGGAAGAGCGUUCCGGGAUACGUGAAUCGAUUGGCGAAUUUAGGGGCGGUGGCGCACGAUUUCGCGCCGUGUCUGUUACCGACGAGCAUCGUCGGCGAUUUGCAGACGCUUCCGGCG